AUGAAGUCCACAUCGUCGCUUCCUCGAAGUCCUUGGCCCAGCAGUCGGGAGAGCACUUUCUCUAUCCUGCCUGCUUCCGGAACUGGAGCCCGACGAGGUGCGCUACUUCGAGUUGGUCGAAGCGGCGGACAUCACCCAUCUGCAGGCGUUCCUCGCUCUCACGCGAGCCUCAACAAGGACUGCGUCAACUGUCAGGGCUACACGGCGCUUCACGUUGCGGUCCGCCGGAAAGACUUGUCGAUGGUGAAAUUCUUGGUCCAAAAUGGCGUCCGGCUCAAUGACGUGCUGCUACACGCCGUCGAGACGGGCGACGUGCCAUUGACGGAGUUCCUCGUCGCGGAACUAAGCAAGACCGACCCGCAGUGCGAGAAACGUGGAUACCCGCAUAGUGCCACGUACACCGCUGACGUGUCACCCAUUAUUCUGGCUGCUCAAAUGGGCCACUGGACACUGAUACACUUCUUCGUCAAACGAGGACUCGAGGUCGAAGCUCCCCACACGGCCUCCUGCCUCUGCAAAACUUGCAUCAAGGUAAUGAGGGUAGAAGGAGUGAACGCAUCGACGCGCAACCUAAACACGUACAAGGCCAUCUGCAAUCCCCACUACAUGCUCCAGGUAUCCGGCGACCCUAUACUCGAUUCGUUCCUCUACGCUCAGGGCAUGGCCGCGACGUCCCAUGCCGAAGAAGAAUUCCGAAGAGAAUACGACCAGGAGAUCGCGAAGCUUCGAACGUUCACGUGCGCCCUGCUCGACCAAUGCCGCACGGUUGAGGAGACGCGCGUACUCCUAGAACGACCGGCGGGACUCGAAGGCCGGGUGGCGCACCUAGCGUUUCCGCGCGUCAUCCUGGCCCUGCAGUACAAUGAGCGCGAGUUCGUCACGCACGGCCACGUCCAGCAAGUGCUCCGUAUAGAAUGGGAAGGAGAGUUCAAAGCGUGGAACCGACUGACGUUUCCAGUAAAGCUCGUCCACUUCUUGAUCAGGUUCUUCACGCUGCCCGUCGUAGUAAUUUGGGUCAAGCUGAUGCCGCAGUCGGUCAUGGCAAAGCACUGGUCGAGCCCCGUGAACAAGUAUAUGAACCACUUCGCUGCGAGGCUCAUGUUCGUAUUCUUCGUGUAUAUGCAGAUAUGUCUCGACAAGGCGAGAACGUCCCGGGGCGCUCCUCACACCGGGGUCGAGUGGCUUAUCGUCAUCUGGCCUAUUCUUGCUCACUUUCAUCUUUUGGAUUGUCGCUUGGGCGGAGUUGCUGGAGAUCCGAGCGGAGGUACCGUGCCUCCUCGCAAGGAUUGGCCCAGCAUGGACAGCACCCUAAUACACGAGGCACUGUUCGCGGUGUCCUCUGUGAUGAGCGUCUUCAAGCUCAUGUUCUACUUUCAGGAGAGCGCCAAGCUAGGACCGCUGCAAGUGUCUAUUUCAUCCAUGAUGAUCGAGAUCGUGCGAUUCUUCUUCAUCUGUAUCUGCAUCAUGCUGGCGUUUGCGUUCGGGCUGACGCGCAUGUACGAGCCCUACAAAGGAAUGAAAAGGACGGAACCCGAUGGCGAGGAAGUGAACAGAGCCCGGCUUUCACAUCGUUCGGCAAUUCCAUGA